AGUUUCAGAUAAAAGGAAAUGGCGGCUGAAGUAGAUAAAGAAGGGACCUGUAUUGAUGUCAGUUGUGGAGUUGAAGUUGGCAAGCUUAAGAUCAAUAAGUUCAGUUCAGGUGGAACUAGCCGCUGUAUAGAACACUCGAUGGUUCCUGGUUUUUUGCUCAAUCCUAUAGAAUUCGCAGCUUUAGGUGGGAAGAGCCAGAGUUGGAAGAUCGCUAUUAAGCACAACGGAAAGCAGCAUCUGUCCCAACUGUUAGAGAAACGUCAGCUCGUCAGCUGUCCAAGAAAAUGCGCGUGUGAAAAUUGCGAAUUUUCUCGAGAUAAUCCAACGAACCUAGAAUAUGUUUUUAAAUGUGUUUAUGGAAAACAAGGUGCUGCAAAUCUGAAAUCUCAAAAAGCAUCUAAGGUUGAGCCUCCACUGAUAGACCUGGAGGACGGACUAACUGACGAGUUCUUGACGUCUCCUGACCUCCAGGAGGAGACCGAGGCCAACCAGCCUAGCCAGGGAGUGGAUAAAAGUUCUGAAAAAUCGGGGAAAAGUGUGGAAAGCUGGAAGAAAAAGAAAGAGAAGAUGAAAGAUGUGAAGGUUACAAGGAAGAAGAAGAGUAUAGAGCCGGUGGUUAAGAAGGAGAAGUUAGAAUCAUCCUUGUCUAUGUCUCCGUCAAGAUCUAAACCAGGCAGGGGAACGGGAGGACAGCUAAGCGGAACCCCGGAAUCAAAACGAAAGCAGCGUGAUAUUCGCAGCUUCUUCUCUGCAGGAGCUACUGAUUCUUCAACAGGAGCUGCUGUAUCCGAAGCAGCUGUUACGAAGAAGAGUCCUGUAAAGCUGAGGUUUGAGGGUGGAGCAGCAGCUAGGAUAAAUAGUACUGAUGAGCUUCUCAAGAAGGAUCUGGCAGGGAUGAAGGUUAUUAAUUCUGAGGACGCCUCACUGUAUUUAAAAGACGAGUUUGAGAAAUCUGCAGAUGAUAUAUCGAUAGUUGAAGAAAUCGUUAAUGAACAGAUAAAAGAGAAGACUGUUAAUCCGCGAAAGAGGAGAAAAGAUAUAUCUGAAGUUACUGUGGUACCACAAGCCAAACUGAAGAAAGGGGACAGCUCUCCAAAAACCCUGACACCUGAAGAACCUAAACUAAAACCUUCCCGGGAAAGAAAGCGAUCUAAAGAAAGUUCCCCUAAACAAGAAUCUCCAGUGGAGGAGAAGAAAGGAGUAAAGAGGAAAAGAACGCCUAUAAAUGACGAGGAAACCACGGUUAAAGUUGUAAAAGUCAAGGCUAAAAGUGAAAGUGACAAGCCGAAGAAAAACUCUCCGGUCGCAAGCAAAGAAAGUCCCAAGUCCAAACCUAUUGAAGUUAAAAAAGAGACUGUGAGUCCUAAAUCUUCCCGACCUAGGACUAUCACUCCUAAACCAGAAAUAGUGUCGCCGCAAAAAAUCUCUGUAAAGCCUUUAAGCGCCCUCAGGUCUCCCUCGAAAAUGCCCGAAAUAACAGAAAGCUCUGCCAAGUCUAUCAUAUCUCCUAUAAAAGAUGUGAACAGCACGGUGAGAAUUAUCCAUAGUCCUGCUAAACCUGUUGAGCUGACUAACGGACACGCCUCCCCCACUAACCUGGUGGUAACGCCCUCCUCCAGGACAAGGAAAAUCAGGAAGGAGGAGUUUGUCCUGUUUCCCGGAUAUAGGGGACGGGAGGAAUCCCAGGACGGAGAGAGGACGUCUCCUUCAAAGCCUCCUUACACGGCAAUGAUAAGACAAGCGCUUCUAGAGAUGAACCGUGUUGGCGGAGAGGGGUGUACAAAGCUAGAAAUACUUCUCUUCGUUCUCCGCAAAUACAAACCCAAGGAGAAUAUUACUCAUGUUACAAACAAACUACUAGAAGUUCUAGAACUUGGAAUCAAAAAAGGUUUGCUGUUAUCCUCAGCUAGCUGUACACCUCGGAAAAGGAAAGACCUUGAACCCAACCCUGAACCUCCCUCUCCAGACAAACCAACCCACGCCAAACCGUCCACAACCAAACCGGAACCAGUGCGUUCCAAAUCUAAACCAACGUCUAUUAAACCCAACCCUGCCAAAUCCAAGAAGGUGUUGAACUCCAAAUCUGAAAAGAAACCUGUAACUGUAAAGAAGGAACCUGGAACGAAAGAACAGGAGCGUAAACGGAUUGGAGUGACACCAAAGAGACUUCUUGAGCCUUUGGCAACUAUCUGCAAAGCUAAGAAGAUGAGCAGGAAUGAUGCUCUCAAGAAAACCUGGCUUUAUAUACACGAGAAGAAACUUCAUGAUCCUAGUGAUAAAACCAGAAUUAUCUGUGAUGCCAAGCUAAGACAGAUGACCAAGUGUAAGGCCAUUACCUCCAAAGCUCUUCUAGGAUUCAUCAAAUUCUUUAUGGAACCUCUCUAGGGAACUUUAUUGAACCUCUCGAGGAAACUUUAUGGAACCUCUCGAGAACUUCAUGGAACAUCUCUAGGGAACUCAAUGGAACCUCUCCAGGGAAAUUUAUGGAACCUCUCUAGGGAACUUUAUUGAACCUCUCGAGGAAACUUUAUGGAACCUCUCGAGAACUUCAUGGAACAUCUCUAGGGAACUCAAUGGAACCUCUCCAGGGAAAUUUAUGGAACCGCUCAAGGAAACUUUAUGGAACCUCUCUAGGGAACAUUAUGGAACCUCACUAGGGAACUUUAUGGAACCAUUCUAGGAAACUUUAUUCUCUAGGGAACUCUAUAGAACCUCUCUAAGAGUCUAAGGAACUUAUGGAACCUAUCUAGGAAACCAUAUAGAACCUCACUAUGGAACAUUAUGGAACCUUUCCAGCUUAUUUUUGGGAACCUCUACAGAAUAUUUGUUCAAACUAUUUAUAAAAAAUAUCGUAACCACUUUAUGGAACUUUAUGAUACCUUUCUGUUCAACUUAAUGAAAUGUCUACACUAGUUUUAAGAAACUUUUUAUGGAACUAUUUUAUAACAUAUUACCAUUACUUAGCAGUUAAUGGGCUCAUUUUAUGGAAAUCUUUGAAACCUUUUUAUAAAAGAUGUAAAUUAUGAUCUGCUAGAAGGAAGGAAGUCACCAGCUUAUAAAAAAUUAAAAAGACUGUUCAAUAGAACUGUU